AUGGCGAAUCCCAAAAUCGCCACGCAAAAUGGCCACACAACACCAGAAUCGGAUUUCACUGCUAUCCAUCGCGAGUUGAAUGACAGCUUCGCCUCGGGUAAAACUAAAUCCAUCCAAUGGCGCAAAUGGCAGCUGAAACAACUAUGGUGGAUGAUCGAAGACAACGAGCGCGAGAUCCAUGAAGCCCUGACAAGCGACCUUGGACGACACGAAAUGGAGAAUUGGGCAACCGACUUUGUGGGACUCAAGAUGGAUAUCCUCGACCACAUCAAUAACGCGGAGAGAUUGGCGGCAACCACGCCUGUUCCUGGUUCUGGGAUACUUGGGUUUGUUAGUAGAGCGCGUAUCCGGAGAGAACCACGCGGCAUCGUACUUGUAAUUGGCGCCUGGAACUUUCCUUUCGUCCUUACGCUUUCGCCCCUCGUUGCCGCUAUCGCCGCGGGCUGCUGCGUCGUUAUCAAGCCAUCGGAGCUCGCGACAGCGUCAGAGAGGACCAUGACCUUCUUGAUACCGCGGUACAUGGACCAGUCGUGUAUUCGUCUGGUGACGGGAGGACCAGAGGAAACAACGCGAUUCUUGGAACACAAAUUCGACUACAUCUUCUUUACGGGGUCAACGAAGAUUGCUCGCUUUGUCGCUGCUGCAGCAGCAAAGCAACUGACGCCAGUAACUCUGGAGCUGGGCGGCCAGUGUCCCGCAAUCGUCACCAAGACUGCAGAUAUCGAGCUUUCUGUGAAACGCAUCGCUCUUGUCAAGUUCGCUAACGCGGGCCAGAUCUGUCUCACUGCCAACCACGUUCUCGUCGACUCAGCCGUGCACGACGCCUUUGUUGCACGGCUGGAGCACUGGACACGAGAGUUCGCUCACACAGGCCACAUCUGUCGAAUCAUCAACCAAAGAAACUAUGAUCGAUUGGCAUCGCUCCUCGACAAAUCCCAAGGCACCAUCAUUCGCUGCGGUGAAGCUCCUCCGGGAGACUGCCGUAUGGCACCCGUCAUCAUCACCGGCGUGAAGCCCACAGAUGCCAUCAUGAGCGAAGAGCUCUUCGGACCCAUAUGCCCCGUCAUCGCAUGUAGCACCGACGACGCCAUCGCCAUGACAAACAGUCUCCCCAAGCCCCUAGCCCUGUACAUCUUCAGCUCCGACAAGAAAGAGACCGAGUACAUCCAGGACCGCACCAUCUCAGGCGGCGUCACCAUUAACGAAACCUUAUUCCACGCGGGCGUCCCCAAUGCACCCUUUGGAGGUGUGGGCGAGUCUGGCAUGGGAUCCUACCAUGGCAAGUAUGGAUUCCAGGCUUUUACGCACCCAAGGGUCGUUGCUGAACCGCCGACUUGGCUUGAUCGUUUUAUGGGGUUCCGAUACCCGCCGUUUGAUGUAAAGAACAAGAGCAUGGUUGCUGUUUCGAAUAAGGGUAAGUUUCGUAGAGGGGAGACGUUGCAGGAUCAGAAAAUCGGGUCUGGCUGA